GGCCAAACUGAGAGAGAGACAAGCAGAGGGACUUUCUUGAAAGUUUACUAUGAUACUCGGUAGGUCUCUCGGACAAGAGAAGGGAUCAAGGACAGAAAUAGCUUGGCAGGAGAUCAGAUAUGGAGGUAGUGGAGAAGGUCCUGAGUGUGGCCCGCAUCAUCUACGCCCAGUGCGAACAAGUGAAGUGCUGUAAGCACCAGUGCCGCCGUCUUGUGUACCGUGUUCACAUCCUGCUGAGGCCUGUGGAGGUCCUCAGGGCACAGCCUCCAAAACAAAUCUCCUCCCAGGUAGAAGAGACGCUGCAGCAGCUGCUGGAGACCUUGGAGAAGGCCCAGGAGCUGAUGAAGAAGUACAGCCAGACGAACUGGCUGCAGAAGUUCCUGAAAGCCAGCAAUGUCAUGGAGGGGUUUGCACGGGUGAACGAGCGCCUUGGGGAUGCCGCUCAAGGGCUCUCGCUCCUGCUGCAGGCUGAGCAUAAACAGUCCUUCCUCGAGACCUUUCAGCGAGACACCUGCAGCAGGGAGGACAGCCAGGACACCAAGGAUGACAAAGCCCUCUGGGAGGAGCUGCUCACAAGAAGUACGGAGACCAAAGAUGCAGUGGAUAACGUCCAUAAUGAUGUCAGACAUGUGGGAACAAAGGUGGAGGAUGUGGGAAGCAGGGUGGAAGAAGUUCGCCAAAUGAUGCAAAAGUUGCAGGAUGCAGUCAUGAAAAAGGACAAUGCUGUUCCAAGAGAGGAAAUCACUGAGAUUAGGAUGGAGGAUCUCACUAAGACCUCAUGGACCUUCCUGAUGGAAUCCAAAAGCCACACACUCUACAAAGGAGAAUUCUACAAGUACCCUGUUGCCAUCAAAGUCUUCAAAAACCCUGUGAUCACCUCCACCGAGAAGGUGAGGGAGAUUUUCAGGAAGGAGAUUGAAACCAUGAAGAAAUUUGAGUCUCCGAACAUCCUUCGCAUGUACGGGAUCUGCAUUGACGAGAGAGGUUCUAGCCCUUGUUUCUCCAUUGUCAUGGAGUACUGUGAAAAGGGAACCCUGCGGGACGUGCUGACAAGGAAACCCCAGCUCCCCUGGGAGACACGCAUUCGGAUGGCGCUAGAUGCGGCCAGAGGCCUAUACAGGUUGCACCAGACGGCGGAGAAGUCUAAAUUGCAUGGAUGCAUCAAUAGUACCAAGUUCCUGGUUGCUAAAGGUUACUGUGUGAAGCUGUCAGGAUUUGAACUGAGUAAAACUGAGUCAUCCAUUAAGAGGAGCUGCAAGAAGAAAUUGAUGGAUGUCCCUGCUUCGGCGUACAUCUCUCCCCUGGGCCUAGCUUCCCUGUGCCAUAAGUAUGACGUGCCCAGUGAAAUAUACAGCUUCGGGAUCGUCCUGUGGGAGAUUGCGACCAGCAAAAUUCCAUUUGAAGGCUGCAGUUCCCAAGAGAUCUAUCAGAAAGUUUAUGAGCAACGUUACCAGGCUCCUGUUGGGGAAGAUUGCCCCUCCCACCUGCAGGAUGUCAUCAAUCAGUGCCGGGCCUUUGAGCCUUCACAACGUCCUUCUGCAGAAGAGAUUGUGGACUCACUGAUAGCCAUCUAUGGCAAGAUAAAUACAGCAAGCUAGCUGCAAGACACACACACAAGGAGCCCCUUGAGGAAAACAGCCAAGUGUGGUUAGAGUAAAGCAUGCGCUGCUCCAUCCCUGUCUACCACAACUCUCUAGCAUGAAGUUUGUUACACUUUUCCAGCUCUGUAGACUCUUUUUUAAAACAACAUCUUGACCUGCCCUCCAACUUCAACGGUGCAACUCUGAGCCUUUAAAGUCGUGCCUGCAAUUUUGUACCUGCAAUUUACUGUGGACAUGGUUUAUAGCACUUAGACAUCUCCCUUCCUGAGCAUGUUGCCAAGAUUAGAAAGCCAUUUCUAUUUCAUGUAGGGGGACCAGCCUAGCAUCCUGAAGGGAAGCUCCCUUAGUACUGUCAACAGGGUGGGGGGGAGUCAAGGUGAGGCUGUGACAGCUUGGGUGCUGGCUUUAGGGGGGGAGCUAAUAUUUAUGUGGAAAUUGGAGAGUUUGGCAAAUGGUGGUAGGCAUCAAGGUGCGGGCGCUUGUCCCUAGCACUGCAGGGGGGCUUUGUAGCUGGGGUAGGGAGCAGGCUAGGGAGGGGAGUCAGUUUAAAGGCAUUUGUUACUGGAAGGAGUUAUCACAUGUGAUCUUCUCAUACCCUUCCCCUGACACCCACAUGACUUUCUAGCCUCUCUCCCUACAAGGACUCCUGACCUCCAUCCCUUCCCCUGCACUGCCCCCUCCUACAUUAACCAUUAGUAUACUCAUCCUUAGUGUCCUGCAGUACCUCUCCUCCCCCAAACAAAGUGAGGCACAGUAUCCCAGCAACCUUCCCCAAAGCUUAGGCAGUUGUCAGCCACAGCUAGUUUCCUAAGUGGUGAAAAUUAACAUGGGGCCCAGCUACUUCUGUGCUAAGCUCCAGCAUAAUGCCUCCCCCUUGUGAGGCCUGGCAUGCCGUAGAGCCUGUAACAUUCCAAAUUAUAGACUUGUAAGGUGACUCCAGCAUCAGAUCUUGGCAUGCCCCAUAUUCCACUGUCACUUGAAUCAUGCACAGUUCAAUGGCAAAGUGGGUAUCUGGGACCCAAGUCCACCUCUGAGCUAAAGAGGGGCAGCACUACAAGAGAAAGAGGAAUGCAGCAGAACCCUGCAUGACCAGAGGCACAGUGGAUCACACGUCAGACUAGGCAUCCUUACUACUAGUGUAGAUCUGAGGAAGAUUCUAUAAUGAUCCCUUCUCUAGUAGUAUUCCCCCACCCCAAACUCAACUAUCUAUCUCCCUAGUGCAGGCAGGCAAUCAUCUUUCUCUCCCCCCUGCAGAGAGAUGAGACCCUCAUUGCCCCAUGUUAAAAGUUGGCCUUUGCUAGAUCCCCUGCAACAGACACCUCUGCUCCGAAGGGGUGGAGGAGUGUUUAGCUAAUUAUCUCUCUCUUUGCCUGGUUAGACACAACUAAAUAUUUGAGCCCAGGCAAGAAAACAAAACAUUUAAUAGUUAUACUGUCAGCACACCAGGUAGCCUAGGUCAAUCUGCCUUUGGGAAUUAUAACCCCUGGGUGGUAGGAAGGUUAGUGGCAGUAGACUUUGGGACAAAAUACCCAUGUGAAUAUGAGCUGAGAAAUCAGGUCAUUCUUGAAAAAUCAAGACACAGGCUGUCCAGUUACUCUAUUCCAAAUGCAGGAGGUGAUCUAGGCAUUUGCAAAGCACUGUGUAUGUUAACACUGCUAUUGAAAUGUGGGUUUUAAAUAAUAAAUGUUCUUUAUCUGAGACACUUGUAGCCACUUGUCAGGCACCACUAACUGUCAGUGCUAGCCAAGACUGUCUGUAGAAUUUGAAACAGAACAGCGCAUAAAACAGGUUUUUACACA